CACACAGCAGUAUAAGCAGGCGGUCGAGUACUCGUCAUCAUGCCCUUCCGUAUUUAGGCAACAAGUUGAGGUAUAUGGAUUGAAGUUUUUCGCCAGAUACCAUCAGUCAGCUAGUAUCAUGAAAACCAGCCAGACUUGAACAAGCUAGUCACACAGCCUUGAAAUGGUCAAAUAGGCUGCUUGUAUAUCAAGGCUCAAGGCGAAUGAUUAUUACAUUGAGCCGAUAAACUCAACUGCACAAGUCCGGCAGUCUUCAGUCUGAUAAAUCAAUUUCAGUUCUAUUAGGCCUACCUGCUUGGACACGCCAGUCUAAACACUACGUGUAGGCCUAUCAACACUCAUGGCAAAUUCCCUCUGCACCAUGACUGCAAAUCUCAGGACUACCAGACUUAAAAAGCACUGUUUUUAUAGUGUAAUUACAAAUCCCAAUUCAAAACACUGGUCAAAAAUGAAGUGGACAUCACCGAGUGUAGAGUCACCGAGAUCGGUGCACUCAAGUCCGCCGAUCAGAAAAGAAUCUGACACGGUGCGGGGAGAGAGUGUCCCGAGACGACUCUUUCGGCAGCUUAUGGAGGAGCACAGGGCAGCUAUUGCGCAGAGUAUAACGCUUGUAGAGUCCACUCACAGCAAGAAGAAAGAACUGGCCAAGGAAUUACUGGCGUCCAUCUUGGCUUACCUGAAGGAGAAGGCAGCAAAGAAUGGCGGCAUUCCUGCCUCAUUUAGGAUCGGUUUGACAGGACCCCCUGGUGCAGGAAAGUCCACAUUUAUUGAGGCCUUCGGUAAACAGUUGACAGAGGCUGGCCACAAGGUGGCAGUGUUGGCCGUCGAUCCUUCUUCAUCAUUUAGUGGAGGUUCCUUGCUAGGUGAUAAGACGAGAAUGCCGGAGCUGACACGAGACCCACGAGCCUACAUCCGUGCCUCCCCAACAUCCGGCAAUCUUGGAGGUGUAACUCGAAACACAAAUGAUGCUAUUGUUGUUUGUGAAGGCGCUGGCUUUGAUGUUAUUUUAGUAGAGACAGUUGGGGUAGGUCAGUCUGAGUACGUCGUGUCUGACAUGGUAGACAUGCUAGUCUUAUUGAUACCACCCGCUGGUGGAGAUGAACUACAAGGAAUCAAACGAGGAAUCGUGGAGAAAGUGGAUCUCAUCCUGGUCACUAAAGCUGACGGAGAAUUGAAGAUUCCGAGCCGGCGUGUCAAGACCGAGUACACGAGUGCGUUGAAGCUGAUGCGGAAACGCUCACCUGUGUGGUCUCCCAAGGUAAUGCAAGUAUCAGCUCUCACUAAGAUGGGCCUGACAGAAGCAUGGGCCGAGAUGCAGGAGUACCACUCCAUCAUGAUCAAGUCAAAACUCUUCAUCCCCAAACGAGCGAGGCAGCACCGUAUAUGGAUGUGGAACCACAUCCAAGACAACAUCAUGGAGAUCUUCAGACAACAUCCGGACGUUAAACCAGAGAUACCUCGUCUUGAGGAUGAGGUGACUAAAGGGCGGAUCACCUCGGGAAUGGCAGCCGACGCCCUGCUGGGGAAGUUUAGGAUAAGGGUGGCAAAGUCUGAGGAGGAUUUAUGAUGGUGGGUUGGGUUGUCUUUGCAUCCUGAUUGUAAUGUUUAACAGAUUCUUAAAGCCAUUGGACCCUUUCGGUACAGUAAACAAACAAAAAGUUCACAGAUUUACAAAUAACUUACAG